AUGAGUUCUCGAGCGAAGAAAGCGGCGGACCCAAGCAAGCAUCCCGAACCAGCCAAACACAGCAUAGCCCACUCCUCCUCGCCCCCGGCCAGGCCUUCGAAGACUACCACGGCCGUCCGUCACCGCCUUCCGAAGCGGAAGGUCAACAAUGUCUGGAAGCCACUCUCCUCCAAGAGCUGCGAGAUCCUGCAGGACUCCCUCUCCCGAGCUAUGAAGGAACCUCGUCUCGAAUAUCCCUCCCUACGACGAAUCGAAACCAUGUCCAAGAAACUUACGAAUAACAUCAGGGUCCCCCUCGGGGUCUACACAGGACUCAAGGCUAACGAUGCGGGCCAAGUCGACCUCAUCAGCCUAGACGCCUUGAUCCAGAAGAACCAAGAGCUCGAACUCCUUAUUCAACAGCGUCAACGCGCCAUCGCCAAGCUGGAACAAAAGCUGAACCGAUAG